AUGAUUGCCAUUCAAGAAAUAGACAGUGACGAUAAUAUCGUCAAUGAACUACUGACCAACAAUUGGAAUUCAACAUUAACUGUUAAUAAUCAAACACAAACAACAACAGUCAACUAUCAACUCAACAACAGUGACACAACAGCAGCACAAGUAAUUGCAACGAUAUCAUUCUCACAACAACCAAGAGAUAUUCAUUUUGGAAAUCAAGUGAUCCACAUUGAUUCCAAUUCAAUCAAACUAUCGGUCAACAUCAGCGAUUGGACAUUCUCAACAUUCUUGACAACACUCAGAGUUAUAUUCAAAACAACCAUCAACAAUGAUCAAUCAAUUGAAUUUGAUUGUCAAGAUGUUAAUAUUGAUACAUUGACAUACGAUCAACUAUCCAACAACAUUCAAUAUCUUCGUGUAGUCAAAGAUAACAUUCAAUUCACAGGUAGAUUUAUCGAUUAUGUAUUAUCAGAUGGCAGACCAACAUUCUCUAAAACAUCAAUCAUCAACAAAACGGCUGAAUCAUCAUCAUCAUCUGAUCAAUCAACCGUACUCAUUGGAAUUAGUAUGCCACAAUGUCAAUCGUGUGCACUCGAUCCGGAUUUCACACCAUUAUUGAUCGACAAGAGUGCUGAAAGUGGAUGUGACAGUAAAUCAAACACAUGGAGAAUCAUUGUUGGUGUUGUUGUCGGAGUAUUUGGUGCUGUUGCCAUUGCAGUAGCAUCAGUAAUCUUGAUUAAAAAGAAAAGAGUUACUAAAAGAUACAAUAAGAAUAUGCAACAGAAAUUGUCAAACAUGUCUACAUAUAUUAGACAAUUGAUAUUCAAUCAUGUAGGUGUGAUAUCAAAUCGAUUGUAUCCAAAAGAUAAAAGUAGUAGUGGUAGACAACGACUAUCAUUAAAAGGAAGAGAUAUCAUCAAAUUACCCUUCCUUGGAAUGAUAUCAAAGUAUGGGCUGCCUUGGCACUUUGUUAGACAUUAUCUACCAUCGGAUUGUACUGAAAUACUACUCAAAAGAAGAAAAAGAGUGAUCACUCAAUACUGCUGUCAUCCCAAUGCAACAUUGGAUACACUCAAGCGUCUAGUGGAAUGGUCAAAUGAUGAUGUUGGGUUUGAUUGGGAGUACUUGAAAGGAUACAACAACAACAAAAACAGCAACAACCAACAAAUAAGAAAUCAAGAAAUAUUGGAAUAUCUAAUCAAGAGAUGUCAAGUUGAUCGAGACAAGGAUGACUUUCUCAUUUGUGCAAUGGAUGUGGCAUGCACAUACGGCUAUCUUUCAUCAAUCAAGUUGAUCAAGAAAAUUAUUGUAAAGAGUUAUUAUGAAGCAAUUGGCAUUGCCUCUAGUAACGGAUUCAUUGACAUUGUAAAGUAUUUACACGAGAAUGGAGCUGAAGGUGGAGGCACAAAAGAUGAAGGUUGUAGUACAAAGGCAAUGGAUGAAGCAGCACAGAAUGGUCAUUUAGAAGUUGUAAAGUAUCUUCAUUUUAAUCGAACUGAAGGGGCAACAACCUAUGCUAUGAAUAAUGCAGCUGGAAAUGGUCACAUUGAAAUUGUUAAAUUCUUACAUGAACAUCGUCAAGAAGGAUGUACUCGAGCUGCAGUGUGUAAUGCAUCUGGAAAUGGUCACAUUGAUGUUGUAAAGUUCCUUUCAGAGUGUCGUACUGAAGAUGCAACCUAUGCUAUGGAUAUGGCAGCUGGAAGAGGUCACAUUGAAAUUGUAAAGUACCUUCAAGAGCAUCGAAGUGAAGGUGCAACAAUUAAUGCUAUGGAUUGGGCUGCUCAAAAUGGACACAUUGAAGUGGUAAAGUAUCUUCAAGAGCACCGUACAGAGGGUGUAACUACAUGGGCUAUGGAUUUGGCAGCUUUACUUGGCUACACUGAAACUGUAAAAUACCUUUCUGAACAUCGUACUGAAGGUGCAACUACAAUGGCUAUGGAUAAUGCAGCUGGAAGAGGUCACAUUGAAAUGGUAAAGUAUCUUCAUUUCAACAGAACUGAAGGUGCUGUCGAUGCUCUUGAUAGGGCUGCUCAAAACGGACACAUUGAAAUGGUAAAGUAUCUUCAUUUCAAUCGUAGUGAAGGUGCAACAACUGAUGCUAUGGAUCGGGCUGCUCGAAACGGUCACAUUGAAAUUGUCAAAUUCCUUUCAGAGCAUCGUACUGAAGGUGCAUCAAAGGAAGCUAUGGAUCAGGCAGCUCGAAAAGGACACAUUGAAAUGGUAAAAUACCUUCAAGAGCAUCGUAGUGAAGGUGCAACAACCGAUGCUAUGGAUUGGGCUGCUGGAAACGGUCACAUUGAAAUUGUUAAAUACUUACAUUUUAAUGGAAGUGAAGGAUGUACUAGCAAAGCUAUUCAGUCUGCUUGUGAAGGAGGACAUCUAGAAGUGGCAUCUUUCUUGGUCAAUGUCAGAAAUGAGAAAUGUAAUCAAGAACUACUACAAAAUAAUGAAAGAAAAAAGAUGACCGUAAUAAUAAUAAUGACUACUACUUCAACCACAUUUCAUUCUAUCUUUAGAGCUCAAUACAUUAGACAAUUGAUAUUCAAUCAUGUAGGUGUGAUAUCAAAUCUAUUGUAUCCAAAAGAAUACAAAAGUAGUAUAUAUGAAACUGAUGAUGAUGACGAUGAAAGUGGUCGAUAUGAUGGUAGUGGUGGUGUUAGACAACGAUCAUUAGUUGGUAGAGAUAUCAUCAAACUACCUCUUUUUGGAAUGAUAUCAAAGUUUGCGAUGCCUUGGGAGUUUGUUUGUCAUUAUCUACCAAAAGAUGAUUGUAGUAGUAGUAGUAACGACAGAGAUCAGGUCCAAAUCAAAAGAAGAAAAAGAGUGAUCACUCAAUACUGUCUUCAUCCGAAUGCAACAUUGGAUACACUCAAUCAUCUAUUGGAAUGGUGUCAAGAUGACAUUGAUUGGGUGUACUUGACAGGAAAUAUCAAUGUACUAAGAAAUCAAGAGAUAUUGGAGAAUCUAAUCAAUAGAUGUCAAGUCGAUGAGGACAAAGAUCAUUUUCUCAUCAGUGCAAUGGAUGUGGCUUGCACAAAUGGUUUUCUUUCAUCAGUCAAGUUGAUCAAGAAAAGUAUUAUAAAGAGUUACUACCAAGCAAUUGUCAUUGCUUCUAGUAGGGGGUUCAUUGACAUUGUAAAGUAUCUACAUGAGAAUAGAACUGAAGGUGGAGGCACAAAAGAAGCGAUGGAUGAAGCUGCAAGACAUGGCCAUUUAGAUAUUGUAAAGGUAAGUAGUAUAACUGAAGGUGCAACAAAAUGGGCUAUGGAUGGUGCCGCUGGAAAUGGUCACAUUGAAAUUGUUAAAUACCUUUCAGAGCAUCGUAGUGAAGGUGAAACUACCGACGCUUUGGAUUGGGCUGCUCAAAAUGGCCACAUUGAAAUUGUUAGAUACCUUUCAGAGCAUCGUAGUGAAGGUGCAACUACCGACGCUUUGGAUUGGGCUGCUCAAAACGGCCACAUUGAAAUUGUUAGAUACCUUUCCGAGCAUCGUAGUGAAGGUGCAACUACCUAUGCUAUGGAUCUGGCUGCUCGAAAUGGUCACAUUGAAAUUGUCCAAUAUUUACAUUUUAAUCGAAGUGAAGGAUGUAGUAGAGCAGGUAUUAAGUCUGUUUGCGAAAAAGGAUUACUGGAAAUAGCAUCAUUUCUAAUCAAUGUCAGAAAUGAGAAAUGUGAUGAAGAACUACUACACACUGCAUCAAUGAAAGGACACUAUGAUAUUGUCAAGUUGAUGCUCCCACAAUUCACAGAUAUAGAACCCAUUCAAAGUGUCAUACAACAUUUGAAUGCCAUGGACGACCAUUUUGAAAUCAUUCAUCUACUCGAGAAUCAUUUACAUCUGCUGAUAGAAAUGAAUAAAUAA